AUGCUGGGCUCCGAUGAUUUUUUCUACGUGGGUGGGAGCCCCAGCACUGCGGACCUGCCCGGAUCUCCAGUUAGCAACAAUUUCAUGGGCUGCCUCAGAGAGGUGGUGUACAAGAACAACGAUAUCCGCUUGGAGCUGUCCCGCCUCGCCCGCAUCGUGGAUCCCAAGAUGAAACUCCAGGGUGACGUGGUCUUCAAGUGCGAAAACGUUCCCACCCUCGACCCCAUCAACUUUGAGACCCCGGACUCCUACCUGGCCUUGCCGAAAUGGAACACCAAACGCGUGGGCUCCAUCUCCUUUGACUUCCGCACCUCUGAACCAAACGGGCUGAUACUCUUCACCCACGGCAAGCCCCAGGACCGCCGGGACCCAAAGGGCCAGAAGAACAACAAGGUGGACUUCUUUGCGGUGGAGCUGCUGGACGGAGGGCUCUACCUGCUGCUGGACAUGGGCUCCGGCACCAUCAAGGUCAAGGCCACGCAGGCGAAGGUCAAUGACGGCGCCUGGCACCAUGUGGACAUCCAGAGAGACGGUCGCUCAGGCAUCAUCUCAGUAAAUAGCCGCCGGACCCCUUUCACAGCCAGCGGGGAAAAUGAGAUCUUGGACUUGGAGGGGGACCUUUAUCUUGGUGGCCUGCCUGACAACCGGGUGGGCCUGGUACUCCCCACCGAGCUCUGGACCGCUAUGCUCAACUACGGCUACGUGGGCUGCGUGCGGGAUCUGUUCAUCGACGGACGCAGCAAGGACAUUCGUCAGAUAGCUCAGUCCCAGAAUAUGACCGGCAUCAAAUCUUCAUGUAGUAAGCUGACAGGGAAACAGUGCGACAGCAACCCCUGCAAGAACAACGGAGCGUGUAAGGAGGGAUGGAACCGCUUCAUCUGUGACUGCACUGGGACUGGCUUCUGGGAUAAUACCUGCGAAAGAGAGGCAUCGAUCCUGUCGUACGACGGCAGCAUGUACAUGAAAGUCGUGAUCCCAACUGUCAUGCACACAGAGGCCGAGGACGUCUCCCUCCGCUUCAUGUCCCAGCGGGCGUUCGGCCUGCUCAUGGCCGCCACGUCCCGCGAGUCGGCGGACACGCUGAGGCUCGAGCUGGACAGCGGGAGAGUCAAACUGACGGUCAACUUAGACUGUGUCAGGAUAAACUGUAACACCAGCAAGGGCCCUGAGGUUCUUUAUGCCGGCGAAAAGCUCAACGACAAUGACUGGCACUCUGUGCGAGUGGUCCGCCGCGGUAAAAACUUCAAGCUCACUGUGGAUGACGACAUGGCUGAAGGUCAGAUGGCGGGCGACCACACCCGUCUGGAGUUCAACAACGUGGAGACGGGCAUCUUGACCGAGAGGCGCUUUGUCUCGUCGGCGCCCUCCUCCUUCAUCGGGCAUCUUCAGAGCCUUAAAUUCAAUGGUAUGCAGUACAUCGACAUGUGCAAGAACGGGGACAUCGACUUCUGUGAGCUGAACGCCCGCUUUGGCAUGCGCUUCAUCAUUGCCGACCCCGUGACCUUCAAGACCAAGGGCAGCUACCUGGGCUUGGCCACUCUGCAGGCGUAUACCACGAUGCACCUCUUCUUUCAGUUCAAAACCACCUCGCCGGACGGUUUCAUCAUCUUCAACAGCGGAGACGGGAACGACUUCAUCGCUGUAGAGCUGGUCAAAGGGUUUAUCCACUAUGUGUUUGAUCUGGGCAACGGGCCAAGCCUGUUGAAGGGGAACAGUGACAACCCACUGAACGAUAACCAGUGGCAUAACGUGGUCAUCACGCGAGACGCUUCCAACACGCACACGCUCAAGGUAGACACGAAGUCAGUCACCCAGAAUGUCAACGGAGCCAAGAACCUCGACCUCAAAGGUGACCUUUUUAUCGGAGGUCUGGGGCCCAACAUGUACCAGAACCUCCCUAAGCUGGUGGUUUCUCGGGAGGGCUUCCAGGGAUGCUUGGCCUCAGUUGACCUCAACGGCCGCCUGCCAGACCUCAUCAACGACGCCCUUUUCCGCAGCGGGCAGAUUGAGCGUGGCUGUGAAGGCCCAAGCACAACCUGCCAGGAGGACUCCUGCGCCAACAUGGGUGUGUGCAUCCAGCAGUGGGAGAACUUCACUUGUGACUGCUCUAUGACGUCUUACACGGGGACUCACUGCAACGACCCUGGCACCACAUAUAUUUUCGGUAAAGGAGGGGGUCUGAUCACAUACACGUGGCCAAAUAAUGAAAGGCCAAGCACACGGACGGACCGCCUGGCAGUGGGCUUUAGCACUACCAUCAAAGACGGCAUCCUCGUCCGCAUCGACAGCGCCCCGCGUCUGGGUGACUACAUCAUGCUCCACAUCGAACAAGGCAAAGUAGGCGUGACGUUCAACAUCGGGACUGUGGACAUCAGCGUUAAGGAGGCAACCACAGCAGUAAACGAUGGCAAAUACCAUUUAGUCCGAUUCACCAGGAACGGGGGCAAUGCCACGUUGCAGGUGGACAACUGGCCAGUCAAUGAACACUUCCCCACAGGCCGGCAGCUGACAAUCUUCAACACCCAGGCCACUAUCUCCAUCGGCGGAAACGACCGGAAGCGACCCUACCAGGGCCAGCUGUCCGGGCUCUACUACAACGGCCUCAAAGUCCUCAACAUGGCCGCAGAGGGCCACGUCAACAUCAAGGUGAACGGCAGCGUGCGGCUCGUUGGCGACGUGCCGACGAGCAGGGGCGCGGCACGCACCACCACCUCGGUGCCGCCGGAGAUGUCCACCACCUUCAUUGAGACGACCACCACACUCUCCACCACGACCACCCGCAAACAGCGCUCGCCACCCACUAUUCAGCCGACGACGGAUGACAUUGUUUCCUCGGCGGAGUGCUCCAGCGACGACGAGGACCUGGAAGAGUGCGACUCCGGACAUGCAGGUGGGAUGGUGCCCGGCGUGGUUCGGCGGGUGCCCCCGGGGGCCUCAGAGGUGAUCCGGGAAUCCAGCAGCACCACGGGCAUGGUGGUGGGGAUUGUCUCAGCCGCCGCCCUCUGCAUCCUCAUCCUCCUCUACGCCAUGUACAAGUACAGGAACAGGGACGAGGGUUCCUACCAGGUGGACGAGACGCGCAACUACAUCAGCAACUCGGCGCAAACCAAUGGCGCUGUGGUGAAGGAUAAAACACCCAGCGGCAGCGCCAAAGGCAGCGCCGGUAGCAAGAGACCGAAAGACAAGGACAAGGAAUAUUAUGUAUAGAAAUCAAAAGUCAUUUCCCAACACAUAGAAAAAUAAACUGUUUGGAACAAAGUUAUAAACAUUUUGACAGUACCAUAUUGGCAACUGUGAUUUAAAAAGGGUAAAAUCUCUUGAGAACUCAAAACUUGCUGAGUCACUGAAACAUUUACAAAAGAACUUUGGCUUCUGGAAGCACACUUACUAUUGUAAGCAUUACGAGAGACAAUGCAGUACAACUUCACCGGGACUCAGCGUGGAUCUUUUUCAGGAGUCCCUGCUGGAGACGUUUGGCAGUGUGAAUAACAUCACCGGAACAUCCACACGGCCCCAAGUGACUGUCGAGAGGUGUGUGAUCCUUGGAGUUCUGACGACCUUGUCCAUUGUAACCCUGUAAAAUACGAUCACUGUCAUUUCGGCCAUUCUGAGCAUGCAUGUGAGGUGUAUGUGACGUGGUGCUGGCAUCUGUGUAAGUGAGGGACCUCAAGAAACUAUGAUUGUCGGGAAAGUUGGAAGUCAAAACAUGAUUUCACAUUACAAGCGGUUUCAUUAAAUGUAGCUUUCAUGGAUGCGAUACGAGCUAAAGUAUAUGUGUACUUAAAGCUGUCUUUUUAUUUCCAGUUUGUUUUUUAUUCAUUCAUUUAGCAAGUUAUUCAUUUAUUGAGUUUAGGUUUCUUUUGAAGGAUGAUGUCCAGUCAGGGUUGACCAGGCAGCGACCGCUCAGCAGGGUGUGAUGCAGUAAUGGUAUCUGAAUAUUUUUCUCCCCCCCUCUCAUUACUCAGCUAAGGAUUGGAUUGCCAUGGAUCCAAAUUCUAGAUGGAGGUCAAGCGUGCAGGAGUGGAUCCACCAGGCAAACUGCACAACACAAUGUCAUUUCUCUGAAUCUGAAAUCCCUGAUAGCGUUCGUCUUUCCUUUCUUUUUCUUUCCGUCCAGGUUUUGACACACUUCCUGAGACGCUGUGGCAAAAAGGCAUUAUCAUAAUUUGUGUCUGGUGGGCAUUUAAUUGUCGCAGUCUUUAAAAAGAAUAAGAAAAAAUCCAGGCUAAAGACUUACUCCAGUGUGAACAAGUGUGAUUCUGUUGUCACAGACGACUGUGUCAAACAGCAAAUAUGUUUACAUAUUUUAUUACAUCAUAGCCGUUGUGCUUUGCAGGUCAAUAUUGUACAGAAAAUUCAAGUUUCUGUUGGGUUUGUUCAAUCCUCUUCUUGUAUAGACGGACCAUUUGAUUUGAUUUCACUGCUGUUACAACAUGACAGAAAUAGCAUUUUUACUCUUUUGCCAGUAACGCCCGGAGAUAAAAAACGACGUGCACAGGAACAUUUGUUUCGGUGGGGAGCAAAUGUUGUUAGAUUAGAGUGUAGUCUCUCUGGAUGGUGUUCCUCUUCAGUCGCAUGAAUAUUUGACCACGGGAAGCUGUCAGUCAAAUAGAAAACACCUCCCUCAGAUCUUGUAUUAGGGACCCCUCCUCAUUCUGAAGUUACUUUCAUCAUGUUCUUUAUUUUUUUAUUGGAAAUUUAAAAAACAGAACAAGAGAAUAAAGACAGAUUAUGAUGGAUUUGGAGAUCUGUUGCUAGCACCUUACUGACUUACAGGUGUUUUCGUUUUCUUUCUUACUCUGACGUCGAUGUUCUCGUCUGCUCGUCUUUUUGAAUUUGUUUUCUUUGUUAUUGUGUAGCUUAAUUUCAUGUCUCAUUUUUAUGACAUUGUCCUCCGGCAAUACGUUGUUUUUUUUUAAUGUCAUUAUUUAUUGCUGAAGUUAUUCGUUCUCAUUCAUUUUCAUGCAAAAUCAGUCAGUGUGUACGUUCACUUUGAUUUUUUGUGUUGGUACUUGGCUUUUUCGACCAGUUAAUUAUU